AGUGGACGUCAAAUUUUUUGUGUAUAAUUUUAAUAAAUUUCUAGUGUUAACGAAUUAUUGCAAAAUUUUCAGUGCUUUUUUUUGAAGGAACUAUUGUUUGGCAUUUUAGCUAUAAGCAGAUUUACAAAAGUUCUAGUAACACAACCGGAAAUAAAAACAAGGAAGCAUUAUCACGGCAAACGCGUUCAUUUAAAGUGCACUCAAGUAACCACAUUUGCGCAUAUAAAUUAAACGUCCAAUUAACAUAUGUUAAAAGUUGUAAAAGCUUCAAACAAAAACUGACAAACAAAAUGAUUUUGAAAGUUCCUUCAAAUGAUUGGUCCGACCAAUUUGAAUAUGUAGUGGAGGAGGAUGAUUCGCUUUCAGAUUUAGAAGAUGAACAAGAUUUCUCUGAGUAUCUCUGGAUGGAGAAUGAAGAAGAGUUCGAUAAGAAUGAAUUAAAACGUCUCGAAGAAGAGGACAUUAUGCAAGAGUGCAUGGAAGCAAUGCUAGAGGACGAACUCGAAGCGGAACUGGCUGAAUGGCAGAAAGCAAAAGCCGAAGAAUUAAAUGCUGCAUUAUCCUCGCUAGCCGUAAGCGAAUACAAUGUGGAACAUUCCAUUCUGAACCCGCUGGCCGCUGAGUUUGUACCACAAAAGCAUAUAAUUGGACUGGGUACUUCAUAAACUUAAUAAUAACUAAUAACGCCCUUAACAAGAAUAUAACGCAACACUCGACGAUCAAAACAAAUCACCAACGGAACGCAUCAGCAAAAACUAUAUGAAAUUGUACGUAAUGACCCGAAUAACAUACACAAACUCAAACCAAAACAAAAAGUAAACAAAAAAAUUCUAAUACUCUUACUGAAGUAUAUUUAAGAAAUUCCAAAACAAAACAAAAAAAAAAAAACUAAUUAACCUCUAUGAUAAUGCUGCGGAGUAAUGUGAGUAAUAUUUACUCGGUAUUAUGUGCAAGCAUUGGUCAAUAAAUAAGAGAGGUACAUAAAUCUACGAAUAAAAAUUAUAAAAAUACAUAUGAGGUAUACAACAAAAAAAGCUUAAAACUUAAAACCUAACGAAAGCUUAAAAUAAUUUUAAAUUACGCAAACUGACUGUUUGUUGCCCUGCAUUAGUUCCAAAAUUUUUAAAGCUAAUAAUUUAGAAAGUUGUUUGUUGCAAGUCCAACGUACAAAUUGCUUUUAACUUAUUGUGGGUAUUCACACAUUUAUAUAGAUAUACUUUUUCAUAAAUACCUCAACAAAUUGCUUUCGAAUCGUCCUUGUCUUUAUUUUGGAGACGUGCUAUUUGAUUCAAGAAGACACUUGCUUCAAACUGCGUUAAUAAUGCAAACGAGAAUGAGAGCAUUUUGGUCAUUUUUUGUUUGUUAUAAAAACAUUUAACUAGUUUUAAAUAAGUAAUAAAAUGAUAAAUUGUUAGUCCAGGAUAUUAGAAGAUUUAAAAAUUCCAUAUGUGAUCCUAAUUACUGUAGCUUUCUGUAUCAAAUGUUCAUAAAUGUGUUUUUUUUAUAUUGUUCUUACAUUUUACUUAUGCGUUUGAAAUUCAAUACACCAUUAAAUUAUAUCGUGAUAAACCGACACAUUAUCCACAUACUCAUACACAUACACACGCAUAUAUAUAUAUAUAAUAUUGUCCUGUCUAUAUUUAUAUAUUUUAGUGUACUAAAUUCUAUAUAAACCACACCGACAUACCCAUCACUACCUUCUUUUAGCUUUAAUGGGAAUUUUGUAAGAUUAUAUGUAAUUUAAAAUUGAACAAAAAAAAUUAAUAAAGUCAAAUGUAAUGUCUGAAAUUACAAGAAUACAUACAUAAGAGGCGUAUUGAUAUGCUUAACUAAUAAAGCAAACAUUAAUAAUAAAAUAAA